CACAUAUAAGCAUGUUUUGUAUACUCGCCUCCAGAGACGUUCAAUUGUUUGUUGAAAUUUAGCUACUUUAGAAUUUAUCCUGUAAACUGCAGGAAAGAAAUUAUUCAAAUCAGUAUUGUGAUAUUCAUUCGACCGAUCAACAUUAACAUAUGUUCAGUUGAUGCUUCAAUUGUUUUGAGUUAAUUGUUGAUAAUUCGACUUUCAAAACCACUGAAUGUUAGAAAUAAUCUUUUUGUUUCGCUUAGAAUGCUGCCUUAUCCAAUGAAUGCAAAUGAAACGAGGAUGAAAAUCAAACACAAAUCACAUUUUGAAGGAGUGUGUUUACCAGCCAAAUGAAUCGUUAUCUUUUGUGCAAAAUGUAACUAACGCUCAAUAUUCAGGUUUUUAUUAAAAAUAUAUGAAUAAAUUGCAUGCUGUUUUCCUUCAACAUUGUGAGAAGUGUGUACAUAGCUGCAAAAUUGUAUUAUAAUAAUUUUAUUACUGAUGAAGGUGUAUAAUAACACUUAUUUUGAUUUCAAAUGCAGUUGAAUAAUGUUUGUAAAUAAAUUUAUAACCGGUCGUUUCAUCUGACCCUCACGUGUAACAACACAUGCUUCAUCGCACCCCUUAUUGGACAUAUGCGAUGAAUCACAUCCCGCCUAUCUCACGCCUGCUUUCUAUAGACAUACGUAUCGCUUCCUAUAUUUCGUUGGAACAUUUCAAUCUUAUCAAAAUAAGCAGCUGAUUAAUUUUGCGUCAUUAUCGUUCAUCGACCGAAACAACAUUUUAUGAAGUAAUCAGAAAAAACUGUCAAGACAUCAAGUCGUCGUGAGAUUUUUGUGCUAUUCAUAUUUACUGUUGAUGGUCCGAGCGAGCGAGCGAGCGAUUCAUCGCGUUUCGAUUAUGUACAGUUUCGCGUAGUUUGGUCGUAAGUAAUUCUCUUUUCAUCCCCAUCAUUAUUUGUUUAGAAAUGUUACGAUUUAGUUGCUGUCCUACAACGUUGCAAGGAUGAAGAUUCGACCCAUGAAUUUUUCUAUGUUAACUCUUAUGGCAGCCAUAAAUAAUUUAUUUCCAAAUUCUUUUCUAUCUGAUUAGAAAGCCCGAAGGCAGUUUUAAAUUGCUAAAAUUUGAAUGAAAAUUUUUACUUGGGGUUACGUAAUUAUUUGAAGCACGUAGUCCUGAUCAAAGCUCGGCAAAGUCAUAUUCAACUGAGGAUAGUCAACGGUCUAUGUAGAAAUUCAUCUUCGUUUAAUCGUUUUUUAUGCAUGUUUUUUUGUUUUAUGAAUAUGAAAGAAGAAUUUAGUUUUUGAUUCACCCCCUUAAAGUCAUAAAAUACCUUUCUCAUAUGAAAAAUCCGAAUUCGUUCGGGAGUUGAUAGAGAAUCAUACUUAAUGAAAAAAAAUCAUUCUAUGCGUAUGUUCGAAUUUCAACAAUGACAGAGUUAUAGAACUUUUUGUUUGUUUCGGACUCUGUUGCCUCAAACUGGCUCUAAAUUAGAAAGUAUGCUACAGAAGAUGAUUCUGUUGCUUCCAUUAGAGAAAUAAGAAAAUUUAGUACAGGAUGAAAAACUUCAAGGUUAGUAAUUUUUAAUGUGUUCUUAUUAUUUAAAAAAAUUUAAUUGAACUUGAUUGUUUCUAUAAAUUAAAUUGAAGCUUUCUAACCGCUCUACAAUUUGUUCUUUAACACCCAACUUCUAUCUAUCUUAAUUUCGCUGCAAUAUCGAUAUGAACAAUUCCUGGUGAAAAUUCAAGCAAAAUCUUCAAAAAUCACGAUUUUUACCCCACUGUUCAUAUAAAAGCCACUUCAAUUUCACCUUAACGUUGAAAGGUAAUAAUUUUUCGUAGAAUAAGUCAUACUUGAAACAUAAAAAAAUAUAUUUUUUCAAACUGUGUAUAAUCGAAUCACAUAUAAUCGAGGUUGUAUAUAAUCGAGUCCGACAUGGAUUCUAUUUAGAUGAAAAGCACUUUUUUGCAGGUGGUGGAAAAAUCUCGAAUGAAAAUUGUUUUUGAAGACAUCUUUAUAUUUUGAUGAAAAGUUUCAGUAACAAUAUUCGAAAUAUAUAGACAAAUGGUUAAAUAGAAGUCAGAAAUACGUGUUUCAUGUAAUUAAAUAACAUUAUGUAAAAGUUUCCAUUCAAAUUUUAAUAUUUUAAAACUAGCUUCGUAUCUUCUAAUCUGAUAGAGAUUACACUAACGAGUUUGGGACUCAAAUUAUGACUCCUAAUUGGAAGUCGCCACCAGACGUCGACACUAUUCCACUGUCAACGCAAAUUCGAUUGGAAAUGGGUUUUGGCUACUCCCAGCAGAUUCUCCGUCAACAUGACUCAGUAGUCAUUCGAGUGUUUAGUUGCUAUCUCACUCUUCAACUUGACGCAUUUAAUUCUUCCCCUUCAUAUGGAAUUCAAUGAAUAUUGAAGUGGCUCCCCCCGAAAUAAAUUCUUUUCUGUCUCUCAUGUAUCACGUGUAUCACGUAUGCAUAUAUCGAUGUUUGAGUUCAACGUGGUUUGGCAUAUACUACAGGUGAGCUAGAUUUUUUUUCUGUAUCGUACACGAAAAUUACUCACACAUAAAAUAGCGUGCAAUAUUGUGUUCAGAACCACCAACAAAUUUGUGAAUUUUGUUGAUAUAAACCCUUUUUUCUGUAUGUUUUUUCACAAAAUUGAACUUGGAGACAAAGUGAACUAAAAUUUUGUUCAGGAAAACUGCACGCUAUUUUGCAGGCGAUUUACUAAUACUAGCGCGAGGACAUUUAUAGCAUACCUGUCUAAGUUCGUUGGUUUGAGUUCACGGUGUGUAGACAAUAAACCACCAUGAAUGGUGUAACUACUUCAAAAGUUUUCAAGAUUUCGUUUCACUUUAAUUGGACAUAAAAAUAAGAUUGUGUACGCGGGUAACAAGACUCAUGUCAGGGGGAGUAGAAGUGCGGAUUGAAGUCAGUUGAAUGAAGAGGCAGAUUUGUGUUCAUUAGUCACAUCAAUAAGAAUAAUCAUUGACUAGUUCAUCAACCAGCCUCGCUUUCAACACUCGUCGAUUCAUUUUCUAAUCAAUCCAAAUUAUGUUGACGUCGAAGGCCGAAGUAGUCCUAGAUUUCGGGCCCUGCUCCUGACUGUUCAUUCGUAUUGAUUAACGGACUUUCUGAAAUGAAAUUUCCAGGUUGAAUUUCAUUUCAUAAUAGAGAAUCGCCAGAAAUAUUGAACCCGAUGGGAUUUGCUGCUUUCCGACUCACACCUUUGGAGAUAGAACAUUGAUGGUUUGGGGAUAAUUUUCUCAGAGGUUUUAAAAGAGAACCUGCAGUUUUUUAUUUACUGCCCAGCGAAUUUUGAUUUUUUUUUCACUCACAUUCAAUUCUUUACUACUAUUCAAAAGAACAUUCUUAACUGAAAAGUUAAUGAAACAAAUAUUGGUGGACCAACGGUAGAGAAGGAACAACCACGCAGCGGAAACGGGAAAAACAAAUAUAAUAAAGCUUAAACGCGGAGACUACUUUUGACGUAAAACUACGUCUUUCAGGAAGGGUGCCAAAUCAGAAAACAGGUCACGAAAACAGGUUUUUAUGAAAUAAAUUUAGCGUUAAUAACUAUUUUCACUGUGAGCGAAUUCACAUGAUUUGCACAUCAAUCGAAUCGGAAAUUCUCUAAAAUAUGUUUGAUAUGCUAUACAUUACAAUUCGCUAAUCUCUAAACGGUUUAAAUUCUGGAAAACUGGAAGAGUUUCCCUUUUCUCAUGUAUUUGUUCUGCCGAUUUGUGUGCUAACCCUACCCGUAUUUCGAAUGCUUAUAACUCGAACAUUUCUUAUCAGAUCGGAAAGAUGUUUGCAUCGAAAAUAUUUCUACACGUCUAUCACAAUUGAUAAAAUAUGCGGUACCCGCGUAAAAAAAGACCAGUGCAAUCACAUCUCCCCCUCAGCUCACAUUUACCCCCAUGUUCCCUCAGAGCAUAUUACGGUAAUUAGUGCUUGUAACGGAGCUUAGCGCUUAGUGCCGCACCUUAUCACGAUUCUAAUGUGGAUUUUAGGUGUCUGGUAACGGAUAGCUCGCCCGACGGUACAACGGGAAGGGGUUUUUUCGGGCAGCGAUUCGUGAAUGUCUUUACCUGUCUACUUACCUCUGGACGGUCCAACAGUGGUGCUGCACGUACAUCGGCAGAAGAGUGUACAAAUUACUAGGGAAUCUUCUAGCAACAGCAGAUGACCUCAUUCGUGAGGAAAACCUACCAGUAACCAACGAAAUUGAAAGAAAAGACUACGGGUUUUCGGAAGCGAGCAACACUUAACUUUUUACUUCCGUUAUACAUAAGGAUAGUCCCAUUUGAUUUCUAUCGUUAGGUGACAUGGUUUUUUUACGCGGAUUUUCCAAUUAACGCAGUUUUUUUACGUGGAUUUUCGGGGUUUUUUUCACGCGAGUUUUCCAAUCAACGCGGUUUUUGUUACGAGGUACGUAUCCCCCGCUUAAAUAAAAUGUAAGGGUUUGUAUCUAGGACACGACCGCAUAAUUUCGACGUAAAACUACGCAAUUAUAUUAUGUAAUCCACUUGUUUACCACUUGUUACUUUUAUGCAUCGAAUUUUUGUAACAAAUUACCCAGCAAACAUUAAAUCGUAUAAUUUUGCACGUGCCAAGUCUUACAAGAAAUAAAUCAUAAUCGCAUAUAAUAUCAAUCAAAGUAUGUAUCGUGUAUAUUUGAAAUCGUAUAAAAUGUAAAAACUCGAUGUUAUAUACCAUUAUCAAAUUAAGUCGCAAUUCGGUAUAAUAAACAUCAAUUUUAUGAUGUACAUUGUCGUAAAAUAUAUUUAAUCCGCAUCAUAUGCGUAUAUUACGCUGAUGCAGUUUGUGUGUCGUAUAAGCGUAUAAUUUAAAUCGAUUCAGUACUGUAGCAAAUCGUGUUGCAUGCAAAAGAAAAUCAUGAAACAGUAAAUCAUAUUAGAUCCUAAUAAUGAACAUAUUACAUCAUAUUGAAAUGUCAAUGAAAUGCAGAUGCACUCGAAAGUUUUAACCGCUGUUGAAUUGAAUUUCAGAUAGCCGUGCGAGAUAGCUGGUGGAUGAUAAUCCAGACGACCGGAGUUCAAACCCACAUCGGAGCAGUUUUCACCAAACAUCAAUCUAUGCCAUUUUAAACAUUCAUAUCCCACUCCCAACACAAGUCAAUCGAACAAUUAUUAUUUCUACAAACAUAAAUACUCAUAUAUAAAAAUGGCGAUUCGUGAGGCUAUAAUAAACAUUUCACAAAAAUAUUUUGCGCCAUUUGUUUUUUUUUAUGUCUGUAAUAAAUCGUAUAUGAAUAUGGCAAAAGUCGUAUUGGGUGCUUUGACAAUUCAUGAAUAUAUUCAUAUUAGAUCGCAAUUCAAUUUCAACAUAAUCGCUAUUAUAGCCGGUCAAAGUUGCAUAUUCAUCCAAACUAAUUCGGUAAGCAUUUGCCAUAUAUUUAGGCGCAUUAUAUGCCAACCAAAAUUUAGGGCAUAUGAUGUUGUAUAUACGUUUGUUAUGCGAUUUAAUGUUUGCUGGGUAUGUUCUUCGUUACAAAUAAGGCCAUGUUCUCAAUGCAGCGGAACAUCAACGUGGCGUGAGCGGGGCGUGUUCACUUCUCGCCAUAAUAUUUUAAUUCACUCACAUUGCACCGUGGACGUAUCCGACUAAAAACUCUGAGGGUGAAAAACGUAAAAAAAAUUAAAAAAACAAAAAAAUUGAAAUGAUGUCACUGAAAUGAUCUCACUCCGCUAGAGAGAAGCGGAGGAGUACAAGUAUCGCCGGCGUGAAGUGUAUUCGUUUGCACGCAAGCCACACGUCAAAACCACGCUCACGACACGUUAGCCUGGUGUGAACACAUCGGUAAGAACAUACACGAUUAACCGUAAGCGUCACACGCCCCGCCCAAGCACGCUGACGCCCCGCUGCAGUAAGAACAAGGCCUAAAUUUGAUGAACGUCAUUUUACGUUUGAUAUGAUGCCUAGGACUACCAAAAUAUGUGAAUGGAAGAAUUGUCAAACGGUCAUUGUAUUUUACAUUUCCCUCUGAAAUUAUUGCACAUCUCAUGUUUACGUAGUUCUCGAACCGCGAAAGUUCUGAAAUGACGAUUUUCCCAGGCUUCUCAGUUUGAAAGUACGCUUUAGGGAAACAUAUUCCGGUCGACGAUCUGUUAAGAAAUGUUCGAGUUAUAAGCAUUCGAAAUACGGGUAGGAUUAGCACACAAAAUCAGCAGAACAAAUGUAUGGAAAGAAAAGAAGUUCUUCCAGUUUUCAUGAAUUUAAAUCGUAUAUAGAUUAGCGAAUUGUAAUGUAUAGCAUAUCAAACAAAUCUUAGAGAUUUUCCGAUUCGAUUGGUAUGCAAAUCAUGAGAAUUCGUUCACGGUGAAAAUAGUUAUUAACGUUAACUUCAUUUCAUAAAAACGUGACCUGCUUUCUGAUUUGGCACCCUUCCUGAAAGACGUAGUUCUACGUCAAAAAACCUGGGUGUACAUGAAAGUCGGGGGUAUUCUUGGUGUAGGGUACUUUUGUACUCGUUUGUCGUUGUGCAGACGGGGAUAUGUUUCCCUAAAGCGUACUUUUAAAAUGAGAAGCCUGGGAAAAUCGUGAUUAGAUACUAGAGGUGAAUGAACUUUCGCGGUUCGAGAACUACGUAAACAUGAGUGUACAAUAAUUUCAGAGGGAAAUGUAAAAUACAAUGAUCGUAUGACAAUUCUUCCGUUCACAUAUUUUGGUAGCCCUAUGCAUCAUAUCAAACGUAAAAGGACGUUCAUCAAAUUUAUUUGUAACGAAGAACAAAACCUAUUACAAAAAUUUCGAUGCAUUCUAAAAUAAUAUUCGAAGUGGUAAACAAGUGGAUUGCAUAAUAUAAUUACGUAGUUCUACGUCGAAAAUAUGCGGUCGUGUGUAUAAAUUCUUAAAUCCACGUAAAUAAACCGGGUAAAUUUCAAAAUAUGUGCAAAAAUCUAACAAACAGUGAAUUAUUAGUUUAAAAUGCAACCCGUAUUCUAAUAAUUGAUUAACUGAUUUUUUCGCAUGCUACAAUCAUGAUACAGUGGAACCCCGAUUAUCCGCGUUAUCUGCGAAAGCGAGUUCUAUAGUAAUUCUAUAAAGCUUCCCGAAAUUUAUCAGUGAGAGGUAGGCACUUGCUCUUUUGUUUUGAUCGUGGCUUUCACAUUAUCUGAUCACUGGUGUACACGAUUUCGCAGAGGGAUAGUUCAAUGAUUUCUGUAUAGAUAAAACAUAGUUCUCAUGCUGAAAUACCUUUAUUUCAUGGUUUUGCACCUCAUCUUCAGUCGUUUAUCGCACUAUCUGCGAUUUUCGUUAUUCGCGGUGGCCUAGCCAUAUUAUUUCGCGGAUAAUCGGAUUUCUACUGUAUCUGUUUCUCCUUAUAUUUCUCAGCUACUAAUAGAAAAUACAAUACAAACUUAUAUCGUGAAAAAUCACAUCAAUUAGCACAUAAAAUUUUUACGCGGUUGAUACGUGGUGUGUGAAAAACGCGUAAAUUUCGAAAUCCGCGUGAAUUCCGAAAUCCGCAUAAAUUCCGAAAUCCGAGUAAAAAUGAACCGCGUAAAUUCCUAAAGCCACGUAAAAAAUAACCGCGGAAAAAAACCCCGUAAAAAGCGACUUGAGUGUGUAAAUUCAAUAUAAUCAAAACACCUCUAAAACAAUUAGAACUGCAGAGGAUACCCAGGAUACGUAUAUGUCAUAAACGUACACUCGAGGAUACCGGCAUUUUUCCUCAGAAUCUGGACCGAUGAUUCGACGUAAAUUAUUCGUACGCUUCGUUUAUUUGAAGCUCAGUGAUUCGUUCGACUAAUAACCGAUUUUUGCAGAGAAUAUUCGAUUAAUCGAACGAUUAGCGGAUAUCACUAGCAGCCAACGCGGAUCUUUCGGUAUAUCUGUUAUUUUUGUAAUGCUACCCAUUUUAUCACAUGGAAAGGCUCCACAUAUGCUAGCAGUGCAGAUACUGAGAAUUGUAUAAUUUAUCGCGUUACUUCACCCCACUUGGUCCAGAUCUUUUGGUAACGGCUACUCUCGCUAUACCACCGCACCGUUGUUUUCAUCCAUUGGAUUUAAUCUCUGUAUAAUGUACACAAGCGAGUUGUUGUGUAAACUGUGAUAUGUUUUUAUAGGCAGCUGAUUCUGGCGAACCACUUUCAGUCGUGCGAUUAAAUCUAUUCAAGCGAGAGUUUUAUGUGGCGUCGACGGUAUAAUUAAAUUUCCGUUUUGGUUGCUUAUUCGUAACAUUGAAAGAAGUGUCUGAACGUGAACCUAGCUGCAGUUCGUUACAGUACAGUACUGAAGAAUAUUAUGUGCUCCACUUUCAUCUGCUUGUAAAGUCCCAAGGGCACAGUGUCAAUAGGAAGACUUAAUUUAAGUAUCCUGAAGUGUUAGUUGCUGCAGUAAUUGCGAAAAUGGCUUCGAAAUAUAGUGUCGUCUUCGUGCGGCAUGGAGAGAGCGAAUGGAACAAGAUGAAUCUCUUCUGCGGAUGGCAUGAUGUCGGUCUAAGCGAAGAAGGUGAAUGGGAUGCAUUGGAAGUUUCAGCCGCUGCGCUUAAGCGCGAAAAUCUAACAUUCGAUGUUGCCUUUACUUCGUGCCUACGUCGGGCCAAUCAAACGCUGGACACUAUCCUUAAGCAGCUAAAUCUCACUCAUAUCCCGGUGCAUCAGCUGUGGCGCCUAAAUGAACGACACUAUGGAGCCCUAACUGGUUUCAACAAGCGUCAGAUGGCAAAUAUCUACGGUGAGCCACAGGUACAAACUUGGCGCCGAAGUUUCAAUGUGCCACCGCCCCCGAUAGCACCCGACAAUCCGUACUACAGUGCUAUUCGAAAUAAUCCGAAGCUUAGGCACAUCGGCGAGGCGGAUUUUCCUGAUACGGAAACGCUGGAGACCACCAUGCAACGUGUAGUGCCAGAAUGGACGGACACAAUCAUACCGGAAGUGCGUGCCGGCAAGAAAGUUCUGGUGGUAGCCCACGGGACAAGCUUGAGGGGGCUUGUUAAGCACAUACAAGAUGCAGACAUCAUGAAAUUCAAUCUGCCUAACAGUAUUCCGUUCAUUUUCGAUUUCGAUGAAAACAUGAAAAUGGUCGGCGGCAUCCGUUUCCUCGCUGAACAGGACGAUGUGUUGAAGGCAAUGGAAAAGGUUGCAUCCAUCGGAAAGUAACUUGGAAGCAACGGAUCAUUCGUAGGAACUCUACCUCAUUCUGGCCAUGGAUCAAAAUAGUUGCAAAGUAUAUAUAUAUAUAUAUAUUAUAUAUGUCGUUAAGAUUGAACCAAAAGAAAUGAUAGCUUUAAACUAAGAAUACGUAGAUUUUAGCAUAUAAUGAUAAAGAAGGCAAAAAAGAGUUAUUUCAAGUUCGAGAAACAAUGCAAUCGUAUCCAACGAAAAAGUCAUGUCUUCAGGUAAGACGUUAUUUUAAACAGCGUAGUUUUAUUUAUUUAAUGAUUGUUAAACUUAAUCUCAGAUGCUCGAUUAUAUACAUAUAUAUGUAAAUUUAUAUUCAGUGGCGUAGCUCUAUAGUUGCAUAAGUUAUCUCCGUUUGUAAAUAUAACCUGUGAAUAAUG